AGAUAUUUGCUGCCAUCUACAUUUUUAUCCGUACAACAAUGAGUCAAAUUCACGACGCUGACUCUAUUGAUCCUAUAGAGCUCAGUGGCUAUAAUGUCAAUGACGGCAUCAUGAAGGAACCUACCACCGAAUCCAAUUCCAACUCCCUGGCAUCUUCGGUGGCCCAAUACGUGCCGCAAGUAACCGAAGCUCCAACCACCCCGGAGUUGAAGCGCACUCCCACUUUGCUCCAGCGCGUACAGUCGCAAGUGUCUUUCUUCAACCCGCGGCUCAAGUCGCACCGCUUCAAUUUGAUAAAGCAGUUUGGUACCCUUUACGCGGUGAUGCUUGUGUGCAUCUUGGGAGUAUUUUCUAUUUAUUGGGGAGCGUCGUACGGCCGUGAAGGUCGGUUACGUAACUUACGCAUGUUGGUGGUGAUCGAAGAUGAGGCCGUGGGUGGUGUGGAACCGGUCAUUGGUAAUACCAUCACCAGUAUUCUCCACACGCCAGCGGUGAUGGCGCGCGGCGACUGGCGCAUCCAAAACAUCACCGAGUUCAGAGCUGAGGCUGCAAAACACAACAACACGGUGCAAGAGGAAAUCUUUCGCCAGAUCCACCACCAAUUAUACUGGUCGUCCAUAUACGUCACCAAAGAUGCUACUGCCGACUACCUCAAGUUUAUUGAAGGUUCCAACCCGUCGUUCAACAUAAGUACUGCAAUCCAGUCCAUCUACGAAACCGGCAGAGACUUUGUCAACAUGCAAUCGUACGUGACGCCCCAAAUAGAGUACGUGGAGAAACAGUGGUUGCUGCGGCAGAACCGGUUGGCGGGUCUUUUCAACUCGUCGGAGCUGUUCACUAUGGAACAAGUGAGCCGGUUGUCCACUCCGUUCCGGUUUGAGUACUUGGACCAUAUUCCCUUCACCAACCCCACGUUGGUGGCUCCAUCGCAGGUGGGGUUGAUCUACCUUAUUAUUUUGACGUUCUUCCAGGUGAAUAUGUUUAGUGGAAUCCACCAGGAAAUGGCCACCAUCGGUAUGAAAAACCACCACUAUCUCUUUUACCGACUUUUGUCGUCGCUGGUGUCGUAUUUCAUUUUGAGCUUGGGCUACUCGUUGGUGAGUUUGGCGUUUCAGGUGGAUUUUACGGUUGCGUUUGGUAAGGCUGGGUUCUUGGUGUAUUGGAUGUUUUCGUUCAUUACGAUGAUGGCAGUGGGCUUCAUGAACGAGGUGGCGUUCAUGAUAUUGUUGAUGGUGUUCCCGCCAGUGGCCGGGUUCUGGUUGUUGUUCUGGGUGUUGAUCAACAUCUCAUCCACGUUCUCACCUAUUGCGUUGUGCCCGGAGUUUUAUAGAUUUGGGUACGCCAUGCCCAUCCACAACAGUUACGAGUUGACCAAGGUGGUAUUUUUCAACACCUACAAGGGUCAGAUGGGCAGGAACGUGGGGAUUAUUUUUGCGUGGAUAGUGAUUGGCAUGGGGUCUUUUUCGGUGGUGAUUCCUAUUUUUGGCAAGACCAUGAAGAAGAGAGCGAUUGCCGCCAAGCAGAAGGAGGCUGCUGCUGCUGCUGCCAAGGCUAAUGAGAACACAAAGCAGGAGGUGUAAUGCGUUAUAUAGUAUUUAUGUACAUAAUCAACACUUGUAAUUA